AAAACUGAUUGGGAAGUAGCCAUAAAGAGUAUUAACAAAAAGAACUUGUCAAAGUCACAAAUCCUGCUUGGAAAAGAAAUAAAAAUCUUAAAGGAACUUCAGCAUGAGAACAUUGUAGCUCUGUAUGAUGUCCAGGAAAUGCCCAAUUCUGUCUUUUUGGUAAUGGAGUACUGCAAUGGUGGGGAUUUGGCAGAUUACUUACAAGCUAAAGGAACUCUUAGUGAAGAUACCAUCCGAGUGUUCCUCCAGCAGAUUGCAGCAGCCAUGCGCAUUCUGCACAGUAAAGGAAUCAUUCAUAGGGAUCUUAAACCACAGAAUAUUUUGUUGUCUUACACCAGUCGUAGGAAGUCAAGUGUCAGUGGCAUACGCAUCAAAAUAGCUGACUUCGGUUUUGCUCGUUAUCUGCAUAGCAACAUGAUGGCUGCCACUCUAUGUGGUUCCCCUAUGUAUAUGGCCCCCGAAGUGAUUAUGUCUCAACAUUAUGAUGCUAAAGCAGACCUGUGGAGCAUAGGAACUGUGAUUUAUCAGUGUCUUGUUGGAAAACCACCUUUUCAGGCCAAUAGUCCUCAAGAUUUGAGAAUGUUUUAUGAAAAGAACAGGAAUUUGAUUCCUAGUAUUCCUAGGGAAACAUCAGCUUAUCUGGCUGACCUGCUGUUGGGUUUGCUUCAGAGAAACCAAAAAGAUAGAAUGGACUUUGAAGCAUUUUUCAGCCACCCUUUCCUGGAUCAGAUUUCAACAGUCAAAAAAUCUUGUCCUGUACCAGUGCCCACAUAUGCAGGCUCAGUCUCUGGCAGUUCCUGUGGUAGCUCUCCUUCAUGCCGUUUUGCUUCUCCUCCAUCUCUGCCAGACAUGCAGCAUAUUCAAGAAGAAAACUUGUCUUCCCCUCCAUUGGGUCCUCCUAACUAUCUUCAAGUCUCUAAAGAUUCUGCCAGUACCAGUAGCAAGAACUCCUCUUGUGACACAGAUGACUUUGUUCUUGUCCCACACAAUAUCUCUUCAGACCACUCAUAUGAUAUGCCAUUGGGAGCAGCUGGCAGGCGGGCUUCAAGCGAGUUCUUGAUGUGUGGAGGGCAUUGCCAACCUUCAGUAUCCCCCCGCAGCGAAACAGCACCUAUCCCGGUUCCCACUCAGCUACGGAAUUACCAGCGCAUAGAACAGAACCUCUCCUCUACUGCCAGCCCCGUGUCAAACCCCCACGGAUCACCAAGAGCUGGAGUUGUGAGACGCUCAAAUACUAGCCCAAUGGGCUUCAUGAAGAUGGGCUCCUGUUCUCCAGUACCAGCUGACACUGCACAGGGUGUUGGGCGCAGGUUAUCCACAGGAUCUUCUAGACCAUAUUCUCCGUCACCACUAGUUGGAACCAUACCUGAGCAGCUUGGACAUUGUUGUUGCGGUCAGCUUCAAGGACAUGAAUCAAGGAGUAGAAACUUCUCAGGUUCUCCAAUACCACCAUCUCAGUCUCCACAGUCACUUUUGAUGGGAGCGAGGUUGCAGAGUGCUCCUACUCUCACAGAUAUUUACCAAAACAAGCAGAAGCUCAGAAAGCAGCAUUCAGACCCAGUAUGCCCAUCCUAUGCUGGGUAUGGAUACAGUCAUUCUCCACAGCCAAGCAGGCCAGGUAGCCUGGGAACAUCACCUACCAAACAUAUGGGAUCGUCACCGAGGAGUUCAGACUGGCUGUUCAAAAAUCCAUUACCAACCAUCAUUGGCUCUCCUACUAAGGCAACAGCUCCUUUCAAAAUACCUAAAACUCAGGCAUCCUCAAAUUUGCUGGCCCUGGCUAAUCGCCAGGGCUCGGUAGAUACACCGUUGCAGCCUAAAGACAUCGCUGACCCAAGGGAUUUCACGCACUUCCACUUGACCCCGGGAGGUGAAAAGCAGGCAGGAGAACAGCACAGUAAAACUACAUUCGGCAGGUCUGUUAGUACUGGGAAGCUAUCAGAUCAGCAGGUAAAGACUACCCUUGGUGGCCAGUUAUAUCAAGGCAGUACAGACAGCCUCAAUACAGAGCGACCAAUGGAUACAGCUCCAGCAGGGGCCUAUGGAAUUGCAAUGGCACCUCCUUCCAUGGGAAGCGGGGCAAGUUCUCGGGCUGUCAUGUUUACUGUUGGGUCCCCCCCCAGCAGCGCCACCCCUCCUACCUGCACCCAUAUGGUCCUCAGAACAAGAACCACCUCAGUUGGAUCAAACAGUUCUGGAGGGUCUCUCUGCUCUACUAGUGGCCGUGUAUAUAUGGGCUCUCCUCCUGGUAUUUAUAUGGGUUCUUCUCCUCCGGGAGCCGAGGCAGCUCCAAGUCUGAAGUACAUGCCUUAUGGUACUUCGCCUCCCAGCUUAGAGGGCUUUAUCACUUUUGAAGCUCCUGAAUUGCCUGAGGAAACUUUAAUGGAGAGAGAACAUACAGAUACACUGCGUCAUCUAAACAUGAUGCUGACAUUUACAGAAUGUGUUCUGGAUCUGACAGCAGUACGAGGAGGAAACCCAGACCUGUGUACUUCUGCUGUAUCGCUGUACCAAAUUCAGGAGAGCAUAGUUGUUGAUCAGAUCAGCCAGCUAAGCAAAGAAUGGGGACAAGUAGAGCAGCUGGUGUUGUAUAUGAAAGCUGCCCAGUUACUAGCAUCUUCUCUGCAUCUUGCCAAAGCACAGGUCAAAUCGGGGAAACUGAAUCCAUCCACUGCUGUUAAGCAAGUUGUGAAAAGCCUGAAUGAGAGAUACAAAUUCUGUAUUGGCAUGUGCAAGAAAUUGACGGAAAAGUUGAAUCGUUUCUUUUCAGACAAGCAAAGGUUCAUUGAUGAAAUCAACAGUGUAACUGCAGAGAAACUCAUCUACAGCUGUGCUGUAGAAAUGGUUCAGUCAGCAGCUCUGGAUGAGAUGUUUCAGCAAACUGAAGAUAUUACAUAUCGAUACCACAAAGCAGCCCUGCUGCUGGAAGGACUGACUAAGAUACUGCAAGACCCUGCAGAUAUAGAAAACGUACACAAGUAUAAAUCUAGCAUCGAGCGAAGGCUUUCCGCACUUUGCUACAGCACAGUGGCUGUAUAUGAGCAGUAGGAAUAUCCCGAGGACCAGAUGGUGUGAACAUAAGGGACCACAUCAGUAAUACUGCACUUUUUUCACUACAGCUUAAUUGUUGUCCUUGUUCUGCCCCAUGUGGAAGAUGAUUCUUACAUUUCUGUGGUGACUACCAAAGAAACAGCAGCAUAUUCAAAGAGGAGAAAUUCCAAAAGUACACUUGCCUUACCGAUCCAGCAGCUCCUUUUUCUUCCUAGCAACAGAAUUUAAAAGAAUCUCUCUUCACAUUUCAAACUGAUCCUUGUACAUGUGAUUUGAACUAGAAUGAUCAGGGGUUGGUUUUUUCCCUCAUGACGUUUAUAGAGAGUGGAUCCUUCUGCAUCAGGUACAAAAAGACAUUUCCCUCAGAAGAUUCCCUCAAAAGUUCGUGAAAAGUAAUUCUAAGUUGUCAGUAAAAUGUGGCAGAGUGAAUUUGGGAAACGCUAACCAUGUGCAAGUGCUGUUUGAAGCUUUAGGGGCUAAGCUGGCUGGUAUCGGAGCUCACAUGUUGUAAACAUGGCUCAGCUUGUCAUAUGAAGGGAUGGCGAGAAAGUGCUCUUUUACACAGGGGAAGGAUGGUAAUGGAAGAAAUUGCACUCCAUCUGUGAAAAAUCCCCAGUGGGUU